AUGGCGAUUCUGUUGCCCCUCACUUCUUACUCGCCCAUCUCAGCUUAUUCUUCUUAUACUUCACGAACCUCUUUCGUCCCUCUCUCACCUCCCCGUCGUUAUUCCUUCUCUGAUCAGAAUUCAGUCGGCGUGUACUUAUCGGCUGCUCUUCUUCCUGAGUCUAUGAACGGGAGUGGGUUAAACAGUCAUCUUUUCCUAGAAUGCCUUCGUUUGAUGGAACAUCAAAACCACCGCUUAAAUGGAGAAGGGUUUUACUCAAAGUUAGUGGAGAAGCUCUUGCUGGAGACGAGGAGUAGAAGAUUGAUCCAAAGGUUUUGUGAUGCACAAAAAGAAACUUCCUCGUUUCUGUUUUCUUUGUUCUCUACUUCCUCCUCCAGAAGUCUCAUCGAGUUUUCCUAUUAA